AUCAGUUUUAGAUGUGUAGUAUGUGAGACAGCUUGUGUUGAGGAAAGUAGAUGUCUAUAGAUGGCGACCGCCUUUGACUAUUCAACCGACAAUUCAUCUGCGGCGGCUGCCAGCGGAAUAGACAGUGGAAUUGAGAUCGAUCGCAACUUGACUAGUUCCAGUCCCGCAAUGUCUGACGAAAGCAGUGCUGGAAAAUCUAAACAAUGCAGUUUUGAUAGCGGCAGUAAAAGUGCCAACGGCAAUGUCAAAAAACAGACAUCAGGAAACAACGCAGUCCUCGAUAUCAAAACAACAGCGGCGUCUUCCGGUGGCUCUUCUGGUUCCGGAUCUCAACACAGUAGAGGCGGAAGCAGAGGAGCCGCUGCAGGGGGAGGUUCAAAUGGUGCUGCAAAGAAGAAUCUCUUACCACACAGCCUACUGUCAAUUCCUCCCAAGUCCACCGCAAUUGAAAGCCAGCCACUAGUCGACCUCGAGAACCUAGAUUCUGGAGAAGAGGACGACGGCUUUGCUUUGCCGCUGCCAGUUAUUCAGCACAACGCUAUGGGGAAGAAAGACUACCGCCGAGUGCAGACGAAAGAGCCCUGGUCCCCCAAAGAGAUCCGUUUCGGAGGAGGAGGUGGUGGUGGUGGUUUUUCUCUAACUGACAGUGGGGACGAAUUGGACCUGAUCCCACCCUCGGUCCCCCGUUCCAGGUGCUCCUGUGUCAGUCUGUGUCCUUCUAUGUUCUCUUACUCCUACCACAAAACCGGACAAAACUAAUUUCAAUAUAAAUCAAAAAAGAAAUAAAUGUUCAAAUUUAAACAGAGGCGUGAGAGUAGUUAUUCGAUAUAAUACGAAUGAACAAUAAUUUUUUAUUUCUCAGUUCUUUUAUUAUGACCCACGCCUUGUGUUUUUCGGACUUAACUCUCUGUACAAAGCAAAUGCAAUAUACAAUUGUUUAUUUUCUUACAUACUCCAUUUAUAUAGUUUGUUCGUUUUUAGAUUGUACAUUUAAUCAUAUACGAUGGUGCAUUGUUGUUCCUUAUUGAA